UGCUUGUUUUUAAUUCCUGUAAAAACAGAAAGUGUUCUGCGAGUUCCGAGGAAGUUGAAGCCAAAUGGGCUUUCCCCUUCUUUACCAGCAUCCGCCAUUAUCUAUUGCCACGUUGAUGCCCGCUUCUGGGCCCAAGUUCCCGGUUUACCCGAAAUAUAAAGCAUCAGCGACGCAAAAAGAAAUCUCCAUCCUUGGCCAAAAAUCAACACAACUACUCUCGUCAAAAUGGUUUGCUGAUAAUCUUCGGUCCGGGCCGGUUAACUUUUUCCUCUCGGGCUCUCUAGCUCUCGCACUUUCUCUGGCGGGAGUUGGAAUUGCUGAGGGAAAGGUUGGGGUUAACAAGCCAGAAUUGCUUCCUAAGGAGUUUACACCAGUUAUUGAUGUUGCUGGAUUCCUCUCAGAUGGCCAGGAGAAUAGACUUGCACAGGAGAUUGCUGCAAUUGAAAAGGAUACUGGAUUUAAAUUGAGAGUUUUGGCACAGAACUACCCUGAUACACCUGGGUUAGCAAUCAAAGAUUUCUGGAAGGUGGAUGAUAGAACUAUUGUUUUCGUGGCUGAUCCCACCUUCGGAAACAUAUUGAAUUUUAAUGUUGGGGCUUCAGUAGAUAUAGAUGUGCCUCGUAGCUUUUGGGGACGUUUGGCAGGCAAAUAUGGAAACAUGUUUUACUGGAAAGAGAAGGGAGAAGAUGCAUCUAUUGAAGCUGCUGUUGUGGCAAUAGGGAACUGCUUAAGAGAACCAGUAGGUGCUAACAAUUGCUCUGAGUCGCGUCGGAGCCACGGUGCGACGAAAGCGUGAGAGGGAGGAAGAAUGAAGGUUCCUGUUUCUGGCAAUAGCAAGCAAAGCUGCAGUUGCACUCCUCAUGGGUGGAGGGAGGAUGUAUGUAAAGCAGCGUACUGUUGAUAUGUGAGAAAUUACUUGUUUGCGAUUCGAAGUCUGAUGCGGAAAGGGCUGAUUGCGGCGAUUAUUGUAUUCUUUGCGGUAACAUGGAACACUUUCACGCAUUCCCCUAAGCCAUACGGUUAGUGUAAAGACUUUUUGAUCGAGCGUACACAUAAGUGCACCUGAAAUAUGUUAUCGCA